UUACAAUGAGACAACAAAUUUCUGCGAAGUGGAGCCAUUACCAUCUGGAUAUAGUGAUAUCGACUCUUUAAAAUUUAUGAAUGUGAAAAAUGAGGAAUCGCUUGUUUCUAAGAAAGUUAAAAGUCUUAAAUUGUCAUUCGAUUGCGACAGUACAUCUGAAUGUUCAAAAAGUACGAGGAUUGAAUUUAAGGAAACUUCACAAGAGGAUUCAUUUACAGAGUUUGUCACAGGGCCAGUCAAUAUGAAUGAGAGACAGAUACUUAAACUUACUUUUGAUAUUUCUAAAUAUGAUAGGAACAAAAUUAGGAAAAAAUUAACUCAUAUUAAUGAAAACAAAUUCAAGAAAUGUUUACAAGACGUUGCUGGUAUUAUUUCUUCUGACAAUGAAGCUGCUGAACAAGAACUAAAUAGGGUUAUAAAGAAAGAUGACUUUGCGAUAAUGGAAAUUGUUGGUCAAUUUAACCUUGGAUUUAUUAUUGCUAAACUAUAUAAAGAUGAUGGUUGUGAUUUGUUAAUCAUUGACCAACACGCGUCAGAUGAGAAAUAUAAUUUUGAACAACUUCAACUUCACACCAAAAUUGAUUCUCAGAGAUUAAUCAGGUAUCUGGAACUCACUGCUGCACAAGAAUUAGUUGCCAUUGACAACAUAGACAUCUUAAAAGCAAAUGGGUUCGACAUAGAGGUUGAUUUAGAGGCUCAAACAUCAAAAAAACUAAAAUUGAUAUCACAACCAAUGAGUAAAGAUAUUAUUUUUGGCGUCGAAGAUUUGGAAGAAUUAAUUUUUCUACUGACGGAAAGACCCGGAGAAAUGAUUCGGUGCUCAAAAGUUCGAAAGAUGUUUGCCUCUCGAGCCUGCCGUAAAUCUGUAAUGGUCGGAGAUGCAUUAUCAUUUCAGCAGAUGGAAAAGAUUGUAAGGCAUAUGGGUGAAAUUGAUCAACCAUGGAAUUGCCCUCAUGGUCGACCAACUAUGAGACAUCUUUUUGAUUUGUCUCAAAUUCAGACUUAUCCGUCAUAUUCUAUGCGUCAACGAACCAAUCAUAGUAGGCUUCAUAGCUUAUAG